UGAUAGAAAAUCUAAUACAGUAGCUAAGCUACCUAUCUAAUCUGAGCUACCUUGACAUUGUGCGAACAAGUGCUAAAAAUUAUUGUUUUGUAACGAAAUUUCUACGCCAGUCUUGAAUUAUUAUAAUUUUUCAUUUGGUUUGUAAUUUUUUAUGGUUCGAGUGAAUAAUAAGUGGUGUUUUUACAUUUUAUUCGGCGCUUUAUUUUGAUUUAAUCAUGUGUCUGUGGAAUUGCAUAAGUUGGAAAUAUUGAUAUUGACCGGACAUUUAUGUUGCAGAUUAGUACAAAAAAAUGCGGUUUCAUUAUUUGUGCUUUGGAGUGUUGAUGGUGCUCUGCGAUGAUGCAUUUAGCUACAAGAUCAAUCGAAGAGUGAUUAGACAAAGUGGUGAUAAUUCUUGCACCACACCAGAUAAUCAACCAGGAUAUUGCUUAAAACUAAAAAAUUGCACACAUCUUUAUGAACGAUUGGGAAGAGUUCCACUCGCACCAGAACUUGCCAGCUUUUUACGAAAAUCUCGCUGUGGAGAAGAAAGCGAUAAAUCACCGAAAGUUUGCUGUAGUGUUUCAACUUCAGUAGACCUAUCUGCAACUUCGACCCCUUCGCCAGGAACUGCUACUCCGAAGUCAGCUGGUGAUUUUGAAAAUAGAUUGAGUGAAGAUGAGCAGAAGUACUCUGUUUGCGGUAAAACAACCAGAAACACUUGGAAAAUUGUCGGAGGAGGGAAUACAACUUUAGGCGAUUGGCCAUGGAUGGUAGCGUUAGGAUAUACUUCUCCCAGUGAUUCUGAUCCUUCGUAUCGUUGCGGUGGAAGUUUAAUUUCGAAUAAAUGGAUCGUCACAGCUGCUCACUGCGUUUUAAAUACUGGAAGACUUAAUAUUUCAGUAGCUCGAUUGGGAGAACUAAAUCUUGAUAAGGCUGUCAAUGAUGGAGCCGCACCAGUGGAAAUACCAAUAGAGGAAAGUAUUCCACAUCCCGAUUAUAACUCUAAGCAGUACAUAAAUGAUAUUGCCUUAUUGAGGUUGAAAAAUCCUGUAACUUUCACUUCGCAAAUCCGUCCUAUUUGUAUACCGAACAAGAAUGAAUACGGAAAUGAUGCAUUUUAUUCCAAAAAACUUCCAUUUGUCAUCGGAUGGGGAAGUACAGAAUAUCGAGGACCCAUGUCAAAUGUACUACAAGAAGUUCAACUUGAAAUAAUUGAUGCAGCAACUUGUACUGAAAAAUACCGAAAUCUGACUCAAUCAGUUAUUGAUAAUCGAGUGUUGUGUGCAUCUAAGAAAAAGAAAGAUUCUUGUCAGGGUGACUCUGGUGGUCCUCUAAUGAUACCGAUUAAAUCAUCUUACUAUUUAGCUGGAAUAGUAUCGUAUGGACUCAAAUGUGCUGAUUUCAAUUAUCCUGGCAUUUACACUCGAGUUGCUCAAUUCAGUGAUUGGAUCAAUAGUGUCACAGGAGUUGGAACGUCGCGCUGAAAUCAUAAUAUUUACACGAAUGAUUUUUUUGUGUUCGAGAAGUGCAUAUUUAGUAAAUUCAUCUACCUGUCUUACUAGCGAGAAAAUUUUUUGAACUACUUUCUGGUUUGAACAAAACUAAGUCAUUUUUGGAUUUCUUGAAAAUUUCAAAAAAUUUCAAAAACUUAUUUUAAAGAGAUUUUAAAAAUUUUUCACGAAACGUGAAUUUUUUGAGCAAAGGUAACCCAUGUGAAUAACUCGUUCAAUUCAACUCACAAAUGAGCCGUUUUGGAGCCUCCAGCAGUUUUUCAAAUUUCUCCAGAAAUCAUAAUCACUCGGGAAUUAAGGGCCAACAAUGCGUAGUUGUUGAUGUGUUGGAGUUGGUUAUUGAAGGAAUUAUUCAUAUUGAUUCGUUCAUUUCGCUCAACAAAAUUUGUAUCUCAUGAAAGAUUUUUGAAAAUCAUCCUCUUGAAACAUGUUUUUUUUUUAAAUGUUUGAAAAUUCAUCAAAAAUAUAAAUUUGAGCUUUAGAGCUACUGAAAUUUCAUUGAAAUCGGAGAGUGUGAGAUCAAAAGGCUGAAAAACAUCGCUUGAACCAAUUUCGUAGAGAUGUUAUUGUUUUUUCUUGAGAGGAAAAAAAUAUCGAACUCUCACUCACCUACUGAUUAAUAAAAUGCAUCUGAUACUUUAAUAUCAACUUUCUAUUUGAAAUGUAUGAAAUAAUAUUUUUGUCUUUUCUUCUUUAUUUUACGUGAUUGUCUUUUCCUAAACAAAGAGAUUCAAAAGUU